AUGUUCAAAAAGUUCACCAGAGACGAUAUCAGUUCUCGGUCCAAUAUCAAGUCGUCGGUCCAGCGGAGUUUGCGUACACGAUUUGUAGACCAGUUCCCUAACAUUGAGGAGCAUAUCGACGAGGUGGUUCCCAAAAAGUCGCAGCUCACACAGGUCAAAUGCCAAGAUCGACUGAGCCUGUACACUGCUGAUGGAGAGCUUGUUUUUCUCCAGCAGCACGACGACGACUUGAUCCCGUCGUUGAGACUCGUUCACAAACUCCCCAAAGACACAUUCCCCUGGGUUCGCGUCGACAGAGGCGCCAUCAAGUUCAUUUUAGGCGGUGCCAACAUCAUGUGCCCCGGGCUGACUUCUGCCGGGGCAGAGAUGCCUGUAAGCUAUGAAAAAGGACAACUGGUGGCUAUUUACGCAGAGGGCAAAGAGCAUGCACUGGCAAUUGGUCGUUUAGAAAUGUCCACGGAUGAUAUCACCAAACUUAACAAGGGCAUUGGUGUGACGGUUAUUUUGUUUUUGGGCGACGGUAUUUGGAAUCUUGGCCCGCAAAUCUAA